AUGAAGGAACCACCGAGAUCGACUCGGAAGCCGCCAUCCGUGCAACUCGGAGACGCAAAACCCGCGCGUUUCCAUUUUCUUUUCGAUAAAGAUGGACAUGAUCAAAUGAAGGGCUUCUUCGAUUUCGCUGAUUGGAAGGAAUCAUGCAUCCAGCAAGGACUUCUUCUAAAGAAAAUCUCUGACUUCAUCGCAAAAGAGGAGCCAAACGGUGAGCAGGACGAGGAAGUGCAUGUUGAGAUAUCUUCGCUAUUCUGGUCCGUAAAAUUGAUUCCAUUUUUGAAGAAACUUCAGUCGAGGAUUCAAAACGAUUUCAAGUUGCAGGCUCAGCUUACACCUACGAUAGAGCUCCCGUCGGCUGCAAUUUUUACACGGCGACUAUGUAAACCACACAACUUUUCGGCAUCAACCAUCUAUUUUGGCAAUUUUUCGAAUCGUGGAAAACUUUUUGUGCACUGGGAAAUCUCUACUCGUAAAAUGGAUCAACCCUCUGAUAUCAGCAAGCUAUCCGAGCAUCUAAAUCCAAUCACCGCGGAAUUCAUUCACGACGAAAUGAAUGCCUACUUCAAGUUCAACAACUUCGAGUUUGAAAAGUUUGAUGACAACUUCAUUGCGGACAUAACUUAUACACUCCGGUUGCCUUACAAAAACGUGAAACGGAUGUACGUUGAUUUUGAUGCGAAACAACCUGGUAGAGGCGAAUCACCGAAUCCCGUUUACAUGCUCCACUUUCACACCGCCUAUCCAGUUGAAAUCUUCAGGCUUACAGCUAAGCAAAAGGAAAGACCGAGCGGUGGACCUCAGUAUGGCGAAGGGGAUCGCUGUCGAUCGAUUUUUCGGGGGAGAGAUUAUGAUGAUCAUCCGUUGCGCAGAAAUGGAGAUAACGAUUGCAUUGCCGAUUCGCCGGUGUUCUCCGUUGCUUUUUCGGCCCGAAGUUGGACGGACAAACAAAUGUACACCUUGUUGAGCCGUCUUCAUCAUAUUGGAGGCAUUACGAUUUACGUGACUCCGAUUCAACUUGUCUUGAAGAUACUCAAGCCUGGGCCUAAUUUACGAGAUUUGGAAGCGAUCGACUAUGUGAAACAUGAUAGAGAUAACUACAUUCAAAUAUUAAAGCAGGAUGCUAAAGAUGAUCAAGAUGAUCUUUUUACAUUGCGAUAUUUGGUCGAAGCCGUUCUUUCGCGUGGAGCUCCAGCAAAAAAAGUCAUUCACGCCUUGGAAGAUCUGGUGGAUUCAAUCGAGAAUUUGCAUGUGAAUCGCUCUAUCCAUGACGCCUUUUAUUAUUUGCUAAAUCAUCCGGCAGAGCGUCAGGAACUGACCGGAGCAGCUCAAAAAAGACGGAUAUAUGAAAGUGCGAAAGGUUGUGUUCAAAUGGGGAACAGGGUAAUUCGAGAGUAUGGUGGCCAAAAUUCGAACAAUUUGCUGCGCGUUGUGUUUCGUGAGGAUGCGGGUGGUCUGUUGCGCAAUCUGGUCAAACAUGAUUUUAUAAUACGCCGAGCUGGCGCUCUUCUUUCCUUGGGAUUAGACAUCGGAGGUGUUCAUUUUUCCCAUCUUGGACAGUCAAAUUCUCAGCUACGAGAUCAAGGAUCUUACUUUAUACGCGGUGAUAUCAACUAUGCAAACGAAAUCCGAGCUGCGUUGGGUAAAUUCAACAAGCUCAAAACUGUGCCAAAGAUUGUUGCAAGAAUGGGACAGUGCUUUACUCAAAGUCGAGAAUCAGGAGUAAAUUUGGUGCGAACAGACUACAGAACGGAAUGCGAUGUGAGGGGCGGAUCGAGCACAACCGAAAUCAAAGACAAGACGGGAGGCCCAAGUACACGCAAAGAAGAGCCUUACACGUUUAGCGAUGGUGUUGGCCGUAUAAGUCAGAAAUACUUCCGAGAGGUUGCAACCUUAUGUGAUCAUAGAUAUCGCGAUUAUACGCCUUCGGUUGUUCAAUUUCGUUUCCGUGGCUUCAAAGGUGUCCUCACAAUGGAUCCAACUCUAGAUCACUACGCAGUGUUCUUGGAUAAAUUGAAUUUGAACCAACAAGAAGUCAAUUUUUAUCAAAAAACGUUGUGUUCCGCGAUUCACAACACAAGUAAAUUAAUUUUAUUGCUAAAUAUUGGUCCUUCUGGAGUUGCGUUGAAUCGACCAUUCAUCAACAUUCUUUGCCAAGUUGCGGAAGCACAAGGAAAGCACGUGCAUCAGCGAGUACAAGAGCGAAUUCGACUUUUGCUUGAAAAACAUGCUUUUCGAUGCGCAAAAGUUUUGUGUGAUGAGAAGAUUGCUCGCGAUAAGCUGAAGGAAUUGCCAAAUCGCUUGAACGUCGACUACCUGACGGUUAUUUCGGGUAUGCAUCUAACUUCCGAGCCUUUCUUCCGCUCACUUCUCAAGACCGCCGUUCACUAUUCGCUCAGAAGGACGCUUGGCAAAGAACAAAUUGAAAUCCCGCACAAUCUCGGUCGGUCUAUGUUUGGUGUCAUCGAUGAGUCUGGGCUACUACAGUAUGGACAGGUUUUUAUCCAAUACACAAAAACGAUUAAUGCUCGAAUUUCACUUCACAAAGCGGCGACAGAAAUUCGAGAAGGACCCGUGCUGAUUACGAAGAAUCCGGCGAUUGUCGGUGGAGAUGUUCGCAUGUUUACGGCAGUAAAUAUUCCUGAGUUGCGCCAUUUAGUGGAUGUUGUCGUCUUUCCUCAAUAUGGUCCUCGCCCACACCCCGAUGAAAUGGCUGGAUCGGACUUGGAUGGUGACGAAUACUCUGUGAUUUGGGAUCCCGAGCUAUUCUUUGAGCAUAACCAAAAAGCAAUGAACUUUGUGAAGCACGAGGCACGCGAAAUUAAGGACAUUUUACCCGAGGAGUUUCGAAACGAGAUGAUCGAAUUUAUAAUUGAGUACAUGAAAAACGACAUGAUCGGAAUGGUUUCGACUGCUCAUUUAGUGCAAUCGGAUCACUAUGGGAUUUUUGAAGAGAUUUCGGAGAAGUUGGCGGAACAACAUUCAAUUGCAGUCGAUUUUGCGAAGACUGGAGUUCCUCCUGACAGAUUGGAGCCAAAAUGGACGAAAAAAAAGACCACGGGGGAAGAUGGCGAAUUGGUUGAGUAUUCAAUCCCGGGAACAAAAUACACUCGUUGCCCCGAUUUUAUGCACCGAGACUACGACCCAGUGUAUAGAUGUCGGCGAACCGUUGGAAUCGUUUAUCGAGGAAUUAAAGAAGUUCAAGAAUUAUUGAAAGGUUCUGUUGAAGACGAUUCAGAGAUUGCGAUUGAGUUAGAUCCGACUUUCGAAUAUCCCGGAUGGGAGACGAUGAUAAAAGAAGCACAAGAACACUUCGAGGAAUGGGUUCAUUCCGUGAAGAGAAUACUGGAACGCUAUGGAGUGGCAACUGCUGCCGAAUUACUCACCGGUUGCAUUCUUGAAAUGCGCAACAAGGCUAUGGAAAAAGAGGGGGAUCAAGUCACCUAUUUUACCACUGGACAAACGAUUGAGACAACGAUGACAAAUCUGUGGAUAACAUUUCGCAAAAACUUUUUCGAAUCAUCAAAAGAAGGGCAUUGCUAUAUAGACGACUACAACAGCGUGACGGAGGCUUAUCAAGAAGUGUGGGUCAACGAACACUACCCGCUAAACCGUUAUGUUGUGAGUAACUCAUCAACCGAUCCAAAAGUCAAGAAGAUGAAGCAAAAGGCGGUUGCUUAUUAUCGCAUUGCAUACGAACGUGCUUCCAAGGAAAGAGGGGAUCGUUCAAUAUUCACCGCAUUUCCGUGGCUCGUUUGGGACGUGCUGAAUCUCUUGAAGAAAGAUCGUGUGCAUGACUCGAAAAAAAUCGAGGCAGUUUAUGAGGAGACCCAUGCAAAAGAAUUUCACGUUCGACUUUGUGAAUUCAUCACCGAUUACUGUCAACGCAACGAGCAAGUGAUUCAAGAAGUGAAAGAGAAACUCGAUUCGAUUGUCGACUUAAGGAAGAUUUUGUUUGAUUCGCUUGAAAAUAGGAAAUAUGUUUUGCCAGAAUGCAUACGCGAAGCUAACGACAAACUAACAGAUUUUUGGACAUUGUGUUGCUUCAUUGCGGAGUGGAUCAACAAAUCGGAGAUUCAAGGGAUUCGGGAUCUCCAUGUUGUCAUUUUGUUUAUUCGUUUUGCGAAUGGUGAGCUGUUAACUUCAAAAACGCAAAAGUUCAGGCAAUCUAAUGACGAGAUGUUGGUUGAGGAUGCUGGGCAGCUAGUUCUUGAUUUUCUGGAGUAUUUGGCUGGUAGAGCUUUUUUGCUGGAUCCGAUGACUUCUUUUGAGGAAUAUGGUCUCGACUCCUAUUUGACGGGUGUAGAGUGGCAAAAUGUUCAUAAGGCAGCUCGGAGAACACUUUACACGAUAAGCUUUUCGGGCCACUUCGACACACUUAUCGGAGUUGCUGAAAACGAAAACAAAGAGGUUUCAGCUAAUGCAAGUCUGCAUAUUCACGAGGAUGCCCCAUUUAUCACAGAGUUUGAGGAUUCAACUGAUGUAAACUUGGCAACAGUUCGUGAUGAAUUAAUCAGCGCUCUUGGCCUUGUUGAUUUACAGCUGAGACGAGCGUAUCGGGGAGCGCCGAAGCAAUCUGGUCGGGUUCGAGUGACGGCAAUGGGAAGCGCUGAUAGUAUUAGAAGAUUACGCCGUCUGUUGAUCAUUGACUCAAUUGACAAUUGGGAGUACUUUGGUGAGGAUUUGGAGAAGGAGUACGCGAAGCGAGUAACGCAACGGGUCAAGCUAUUGAAUAAGCCGGGAGGUCUUGCCUUGGAAGAAGAGGAAGAUCUU